CCUCGAUUUGUUCACAGUCUCUCUCCAAUGCAGCUUUGUAAUGAGAGCAGGGCAUCGGUUCUCUAUCCACACUGUUUUUUCAAGGCAUAAAGCAUGGAUCUUUGAUAACUUUUGUACAAGUUAUACGUCUAUGUCCACCAGGAUCUGCUUUUUAGGCCUUGAUUCACCGGCUUGAGCUACUCAUAUAGAUUGUAAAGGUCAAUGGACACAUCAUCUGUAAGAUGUCUUAUCAACACUAUUUCUCGAUUCAUUCAUCUUGUUUCAUGUCAGACAAGGAAGUUUAUGCCUAUUCAAAAGGAUUAUAAGAGCAUGGUUAUGAUGUUGAAGCAUUUGAAACCAGUUCUUGAUGGAGUUUUUGAUUACGGCAUAUCUUCAGAUGAAGUCCUAUGUAAAGAGUGUGAAGAACUUGAUACAACUGUUAAUGAGGCUCGUGAAUUUAUGGAGAACUGGUGUCCACAGAUGAGCAAGAUUUGCAGCGUCCAGCAAAGUGAAGCACUGUUGAAGAAAAUCCAGAGCUCUGCGCUGGAGAUUUGUCAAAUAUUAUGUAGAUUGUUGCAGAGUUCUCCAUCCGCUUCAACUUUAACUAUUGUUCAGCACUGUAUGCAGGAACUUCAAGGUUUGAAACACGAAACAAUAACAGAACUUAUAGAAGAGGCUCUGAGAAGUCUAAGCGAUGAUGUUUCUCCUUGCACUAAUCAUCUUAUGAAACUUACUGAAACACUUGGUUUAACAUCAAAUCAGGAACUCUUGAAAGAAAGUGUGGCAGUGGAGAAGGAGAGGAUCAAUGUUAAAGUCAAUAAAGCAAAAGGGGACUUGGAUCAAAUUGACCAAAUUGUGGAUCUGAUCUCUCACAUACGUAAUUGGUUGCUUAAAGUUGAGCGCUUUGAUCCUAAGAGUGGUGCCCCAAUUCCUCCGUACUUUCGGUGUCCAUUAUCUUUGGAGCUCAUGCUAGACCCAGUGAUCGUGGCUUCUGGUCAAACUUAUGAUAGGGUGUCCAUCCGGAAGUGGCUUGAUCAUGGGCUGAGCAUAUGCCCUAGGACCCGUCAGACACUCUCUCACACAAAUGUCAUUCCCAAUUACACUGUCAAAGCUAUGAUAGCAAAUUGGUGUGAGGAAAACAAUGUAAGAGUUUCAAGCGACUCUGUCCCAUCACAUCAUGAUUUAUUGCACUUGGAUAGUUUUCGUUAUCGUUGUUCUUUGCACAGUAGCAAUUCUACAUCAAGAUCAUCCAUUGAAGUUGGGAAUGGAUUUGAGAAACAGAAGAUUGGUGUUUCAUCUAGAUUAAGUGGUGAAGAAUUUAAUCGGUAUCAUGUCAUGGGGAUUGAAAGCUUUGAGCGCCCAUCCCACGAACUUUCAUAUAUACAUAGCAGGAGUGAAUCAACCUCAAGUGCCAUCUCCAGUAUUGAAUAUGUGCCUCCAGCAUCAGAUGAGAUGUUGAAGUUAUUAACCAUGCAUGACAAUGUGAAUGACUUGUCAGGAGAGAUAACUUUUGAAUGUCCUGCUGUUUCUCCUUCCAAUAAAGUAAAGGGAUUUUCUCCCUGUUUAUCAGGAAGGCAAUUUCACAGUCCUAAAUAUGAUAUGGCCAGCAAUGGAAGCCAUAACUAUAGCAGAACAAACUCCCUUCAGUUUUCCGACUCAGGUUCUCAUGAUCUAUGUACAACUUCUCAAGUCAAGAAGUUGGUUGAAGGGCUUAAAAGCCAAUCAAAUGAAGUAAAGACUAAAGCGGCUGAAGAACUAAGGCUUCUAGCAAAGCACAAUGUCGAGAAUCGCAUCAUUAUAGGCCAUUCUGGUGCUAUCAGACCAUUACUUUCACUGCUGUACUCAGAAGUGAAGAUAACCCAGGAACAUGCUGCCACAGCCGUGUUGAAUCUAUCAAUCAACGAAGAAAAUAAAGCCAUGAUUGCAGAAGCAGGAGCAAUAGAACCACUUAUUCAUGUCUUAAGAUCAGGAAAUGAUGGUGCCAAAGAGAAUUCUGCAGCAGCUCUAUUUAGCCUUUCUGUUUUAGAAGAAUACAAAGCCAAGAUAGGCCGUUCUGGUGCUGUCAAAGCCUUGGUGGAUCUUCUUGCCUGUGGGACUAUAAGAGGUAAAAAGGAUGCGGCUACUGCCUUGUUUAACCUUUCAAUCUUUCAUGAAAACAAGGCUCGAAUAGUUCAAGCAGGAGCUGUGAAGUAUCUAGUUGAGUUGAUGGAUCCUGUCACUGGGAUGGUUGACAAGGCAGUCGCUCUUCUUGCAAACUUGUCAACAAUCAGCGAAGGACGCAUGGCCAUUGCAAAAGCAGGAGGCAUCCCAUUGCUGGUUGAGGUUGUCGAAUCAGGAUCUCAAAGAGGAAAGGAGAACGCUGCCUCCAUACUGAUGCAGCUGUGCCUUAAUAGUCCCAAGUUUUGUACCCUUGUUUUGCAAGAAGGGGCUGUUCCUCCACUUGUUGCAUUGUCCCAGUCAGGCACCCCAAGAGCGAAGGAAAAGGCCCAGCAGCUUCUCAGUCACUUCCGUAGUCAGAGAGAAGGUUCCGCAGGAAAGGGUAAAUCAUGAAGAGGGACAAAUUUUGUUAGAUUUUCUAAUUUUUCUUUUGUUUUUAUAGUCUGCCUCGUGUAUCUUCUCUGCAUCAAGAUGAUCCAUUGGGAAAUAUUCUUCCAUGUUUCUUUAGGUUUGAGCCAUAUUUAUUUUCCUUGCAGUCAUGAUUUAUUUCUCAUUAGGAAAGAGAGGAGUGUCAGUGUGUUGGCUAGAAUUUAGUUUUCCCAAGAAUAUAGCUUGCCCUAUUAUUUUGUGUGCAGUCACUGGGAAAUUUUUAUUUGAUUUUUCAAUUGAUUAAGUUCUUCAUAUUGUACAUAUCCUGUAUAUAUGCUAUUAACUGUUGCAGUCUGCUAUAUAAUGGAAAUAAAUGAUAUUGAUGCCAUUUGACAGAAAAA